GAAGUACAUUGUUAUAUAAUAAAUGUAUUGUAAUACAUGGAAGAUAAUACUCGAUUCAUAAUGAGAACAUGUCGCUAUGAUUCGUAUGUUUAUUAUAUAAUGAGGAACGUUGAGUUUGAAUAUUUUAGUUUAAAUGCUGACCAAGUGGGAGAAUAUUAGAAUAUUUUUAUUUAUGGAAAUUAUUUUCUAAUUAAGGAAAUGAUUUUCUAUUUAAGGAAAUAAAUAAAUAAUUGAUUUUCUGAUAAAUGAAUAUUUUAUAUUCAUUAAAUCUGAACAAAAUCAAUUAUGUAAUAUUCUAUAUAUGGUCAGAUUUCUAUAUUCAUUACCUGAUUUGAUUUCCUGAAUUAAUUGUCAAAAUAUUCUGACAAUUAAUGUGGCGAAGAUACUGAUGGAGUAUCUCACCUAUAAAUAUAGGGUCUCGGUCCCCGAGCUCCUCACUCAUUCUGAAUCCAUUCAGCAAAUUCCAUCUAAAGAGAGUUGAGAGAGCGAGGAAGCCCGAACUCCAAUACCGAAGCUAUCGCAGGGAUUGAAGCUCAAAGAUCAAUGGCUGGAGGUACAUCGAUCCUUUCAUUGCAUAUAUUAUUGAUAUGAUUAAAGUUUAUUUUCCGCAUUUCAUAUCAUUUAUAUAUGCUAUAUUACAUACACUAUAUAUAUAGUCUAACACCUCCAACAUCAAAGAGUCUCUUCCAAAGAUCAAAGGAGGUAAGUAUGAUGAUUUUUGAUUUUGUUUAGUUAGUUUUUAUAAAUAUUUAGUUUUUAUUUUUCUUCUUCAUCUCAGGCCGGCGGAGCUCCUCCCUCUCAGGCGACCGGUGCUCCUCCAUCUUAGACGUAGCGAUCUCCUCCAUCUCAGGUAAUUUUUUUUUUUUCAAUUUUCAUUUUCGUUUUUUUAAUUUUUUUUUCAUUUUAGAUUAUAUUAAAAUAAUGUGGGUUGUGUAUAACCUCAAAAAAUUGCAAGAUAAAAAAAUUAGUUAAAAUUUAGGUAUACUCUAAUUUUGUAUUUAAAAUUUGGAUGUAAAUAUAAUUUUUUUUUUUAAUUUCAGAUUAUUGAUGUUGUUUUUUUAUUUAUGUUUUUGUUUUUUGUUAUUUUAGAUUAUUUUAAAAUAGAAAAUUUAGUUAUACCCUAAUUUUUUAUUUAAAAUUUGAAUCUAAAUAUAAUUUUUUUUUUAAUUUCAGAUUAUUUAUUGUUGUUUUUUUAUCAAUGUUUUUUUUUUUUUUUGUUAUUUUAGAUUUUUUUUAAAAUAAAAUUUGUUGAGUACAAGCUCAAAAAAAUUGAAAGAGUAAAAAAUUUAUUAAAAUUUGGGUAUACUCUAUUUUGUAUCUAGAGCUUUAAUCUAAAUAUGAAAAUUAAAAUACUUUUUAGCAUGAUAAAAAUCUUUUAAAAAACAAAUAUUAUAAAUUAUAUUUUUAGUUUUAAUAGAAGUUUUGACCUUUUUGAUAGUCAAAGUUUACAUGAAACUUUUUUUUUAAUACUAUGUUGUCUACUCUCUAAAUCAUUACUUUAUUGGAAAAUAAUAAUUUUCUAGUGGCAUUUUCAAAUCUCAAACAUAAGAAAGAGAAUAAUAAGCAAAGUAAACUAUACUUUUUAUUAUUAUUAUUAGCUUGAUCAUGAUGAUUGUCAUUUCUAUUACCUAUUUUAAUAGUUUAUUUUCAAUGUUAUUAUUAGUGUUUUGGAUACUAGCAAGGAUUGUUACAAAGUUAACGUGAUCAUUUUAAAUUAGAAGAGGUGCGUGUGCAUAUUUUUUUUUUUUUAUGUUAAUUAAUAUUAUACCAAUGUUAGAGGAGUUUGAAUAUCCUAAAUAUUCAUCCAUAGUGAAGUAGGUUUUCAUAAUUGUAUGUUGCGGUGAUAACGGAAGGUUUCUAACUUGUGUCCCUUAGUGAAGUAGGUUCUGCGAAAAUUUGAUUGUGUUGCGGUGGUAUAAGGAUGAAAACUUAUUGCACGUUGAUUGAAUUGUUUGAAUUAUUUGUUCGCUAUAACAGAUGGUUAGGUUAAUAUUAUAGGGGAAAUGCUGUCCAAUUUUUUUAAGAAUUUUAUCUGUUAUUAUUGAUAAAUGUUUGCUUGUUUGAUUUGAUCGUAUUGUUAAUGAAAUUUUAUGUGCUUUAUUUUUAAUUUUUUUUAUAAUUUCAUACGGAUGAUGUAGGAAGAAAAAUAUGGAUAAAAUAUGGAUGUCAACAAAUAGGUUAUCUGAGGAGUAUAGAAAUGGGGUCGAAUUCUUCAUAAGAUUUUGUAUGGAAAAUAUGGUAGACCCAAAUGAUACUUUUUGUCCAUGUGUUAAGUGUGGAAAUGUAAAAAAGUUGAAUUUAAGUAAGGUCAAGGAACAUUUGUUUUUCAAUGGGAUUGACAAAAGCUAUAAUAUUUGGUAUAGUCAUGGGGAGAAUCCCCCUAGUAGACCAAAUACUUCUCCUAAGCCUAAGAAAGUAAGUGAGUAUAUUGAAGAGGUGAAUUGGGAUCCAUUAGAUGAAAUGAUUGAAGAUGCACAUUAUGGAUCGGCAGUAGACCAAAGUAAGUUUGAUAAUUUACUUAGUGACGCAGAGAAACCGCUUUAUCCUGGCUGUAAAAAGUUUACAAAAUUAUCAGCGAUUAUUAGGUUGUUCAACUUGAAAGCUAAACACGGUUGGAGUGAUACUAGCUGUUCAGAAUUACUUAUUUUUUUGAAUGACUUAUCCCCGGAAAAAAAUGAGAUGCCGCUUUCAUUUUACGAGGUCAAAAAGACAAUAUGUACAUUAGGCAUGGAAUAUAAGAAAAUCCAUGCAUGUCCUAAUGAUUGCAUGUUGUAUCAUAAAGAAUUUUCAAAUUUAAAAUCGUGUCCUACUUGUGGGGAGUCACGAUGGAAAAAGAAAAGAAAUGGUGUGGAUGUUAAGGAAGGAGUACCUGCGAAGGUAUUGUGGUACCUUCCGCCUAUUCCUCGUUUUAUUCGGUUAUUUAAAAAUGCCAAACAUGCCAAAAGUUUGUCGUGGCAUGCAAAUGAGAGAAUAGAUGAUGAUAAAUUAAGACAUCCAGCUGACACUUUACAAUGGAAGAGAGUUAAUAUGAAGUGGCCUUCUUUUGGAAAUGAACCUCGUAAUAUUCGUCUAGGUCUUGCUACUGAUGGGUUUAAUCCUUACUCAUCUCUUAGCAGUAAGCAUAGUUCUUGGCCAGUUAUGCUUGUUAUCUACAAUCUACCACCAUGGUUGUGUAUGAAGAGAAAAUUCACAUUGUUGACAUUGUUGAUAUCAGGACCUAAAUAACCUGGUAAUAACAUAGAUGUCUAUCUAGCCCCCUUGAUAGAUGAUCUAAAAAUUUUGUGGGAUGAAGGUGUUAAGGUUUAUGAUGCUUACAGGAAAGAAGAAUUUAAUCUUAGAGCUAUAUUGUUAUGGACAAUUAAUGACUUUCCUGCUUAUGGGAAUUUAUCUGGUUAUAGUGUGAAGGGUUAUAAAGCUUGUCCUAUUUGUGAAGAACAAACAUGUUCCGAAUUCUUGAAACAUUCUCGGAAAGUUUGUUAUAUGGGACAUAGGAGAUUCUUGAAGGAUACUCAUAAACUUCGAACUUGGACUAAGGCAUUCAAUGGUAAACAAGAGUUUAGAAAUGCUCCCGAAGCUUUAUACGGAACCCAGGUACUUCAAAAGAUGUCUAAAAUUGUUUUCAAGUUAGGGAAGUCAAGUGUUUGUGCAUCUAAAAAGCGGAAAGGUCGUGGAAAGUCUAAGGUUAUGGAGGAACCUAAGUCACUUUAUAAAAAGAAAUCAAUUUUUUUUGAUCUUGAGUAUUGGGAGCAUAUGGUUGUACGCCAUAAUUUAGAUGUUAUGCACAUAGAGAAAAAUGUUUGCGAUAGUUUGAUUGGAACUUUAUUGAAUAUUCCUAGAAAGAGUAAAGAUGGAAUUAAGGCAAGAAAAGACUUGGUUGAAAUGAAAAUGCGAGAAAAAUUGGCUCCAAAGAUUAUGAAAAAUAGGACAUAUUUGCCUCCAGCUUGUUACACACUAACUAAAGAUGAAAAAAAGGAAAUUUGUACUUGUUUGUUCAAUAUGAAAGUUCCAGAUGGAUUUUGUUCAAAUAUAAGUUCGUUGGUAAACAUACAAACUUGUUGUUUGAGUGGCAUGAAAUCUCAUGAUUGUCAUAUUCUGAUGCAACAUGUAUUACCAGUGGCUAUUCGAUCAGUCUUGCCGAAAACAGUUCGCGAGAUAAUAACUAGGCUGUGCUUGUUUUUCAAGUCACUAUGCGCUAAGGUGGUGGAUAUGUCAAACCUACAAGAGCUACAAGAUGAAAUCUCUUAUAUCUUGUGUAAGUUUGAGCAAUUCUUUCCUCCUGCAUUCUUUGAUAUAAUGAUUCAUCUGACAGUUCACUUAGUUAGAGAAGUGAAAUGGUGUGGUCCAGUUUACUUUAGAUGGAUGUAUCCGUUUGAGAGAUACAUGAAGAUUCUGAAGGGCUAUGUUAGGAAUAAAACUCGACCAGAAGGGUGUAUUAUUGAAUGCUAUAUUGCAGAAGAGGCUUCUGAGUUUUGCUGUGAAUACAUAUCGGGUUUACAGAGCAUUGGAGUUCGUGAUGUAACCAAUGAUGGGAUUCAAAGUCGUCGAGGUAGUGUUGUAUGCACUGUUAGCCGAGAUGAACGAGAUGAAGCACAUCGUCUUGUGUUGCAGAAUGUAACUGAAAUUGAGCCUUACAUUGAGUAAGUUUAUAUUCAUAAUCUUUAUGAUUGCAUUAUGAAUCCUUGCAAAAUAAGUUUAAUUAAUUGAUUUAACUUUGAAGGAAACAUUUUAAUUGGAUUAAGGCAAAGUACCCAUCUAAAGCUAGGAAUCAAAGAUGGCUACAGGAUGAACAUUAUCGAACAUUUAGUAGUUGGUUAGAGAACAAGGUAAAAAUACAUGAUCUUAAAGUAGUUUUGAUGUUUCUUAGUGUUAUAUGGAUUUUAAUUAAGUAUUUUGUGAAUAGGUUGUGAAUGAAAUGAGCAAAACAUCUACUAAUGUCACCGAUAUUGUCAAGUGGAUUUCCAGAGGUCCUUCUUUCAGUGUGACAAAGUUUUUAACAUAUAUGGUGAAUGGUACUCAGUUUAAUACAGCAGAGUAUGAUAAUGAUAAAACUACACAAAACAGCGGUGUUAGUCUUGUUGCUAGAACUGUUCAAAUAUCUACUUCGAAAGAUAGAAAUCAUGUUCAAUGUGAUAUGUCUUUCUACGGAGUAAUUAAAGAAAUUUGGGAGUUAGAUUAUAUCGGGACGCGAGUACCUGUUUUCCUUUGUGAUUGGGUGAAGAGUGACACUGGAGUGAAAAAAGAAAACUUUGGAAUCACAGUAGUAAAUCUAAAUCAAAUUGGGCACAAAAAUGAUCGAUUCAUGAUGGCAUCACAAGCCACACAAGUUUUUUAUGUGAAUGAUCCAGCAAACGAGCAAUGGUCAGUUGUGCUUACAACACAAACAAGGGAUUGGAGUAACAAAAAUGAUGAUUUGCAUGAUAUACCACUUGUAGAACAACAUGUCACAUUCACCAUACCAGAAAAUGAUGAUUUGGUUGAUGAUGAUAGUACUUUUCGUGAAAAUGGUGAAGGUGUAUGGGUUGAUUAAUAAAAUUUUAAGGUAUUAGAUAUGUAGUUCUGAUAUUAGUUUGUUUAUUUUCUAUUAUUUGCCUUGAGCUUUAUGGUUCUAUUGAGUUGUAUUAUUUUCUAUUAUUUGCUUUUAGCUAUAUUGAUGUAUUAUCCGUUUGUUCUUUCUAUUAUUAUUAACUUAGUUUCGUAUCGCAGAUGUAUGAUCCUUGCGGUGAUGAUGUGGAUGAUUUAGAAGAUGAUUUGGAAGUUGAUUUGGAGGAUGAUUUAGAAGAUGAUGAUGGGGUUGGAGAAGAGAACAGCAGUCAGAAACCUUCUAGGGGACCUUCUCUAUUGCCUAGAUUAAUCCAAUCUAGAAGUGAAGGAAGGCGUAUUUUCGUUGAUUAUAAUGUCUAUGGUCAACCAACUGGUAUUGGUCGAGUAGAUAUGUCUUCGAUGUUAGGGUCCACGGUACGCAUGCUUGUGUCAAUUCUCUGCAAUUGUUGGAAAGAAGUCCCCGCCGCCAAAAAAAGAGAGAUAUGGGAGGUCAUGAAUGUAGGUAUUAUUUGAUUAAUUAAUUUAAGUGUUUGCUACUUCUAUUUUUCUUUUUCUUACAUGAUUUACUUCGUUGUAUUGUAGAAAACAUUUGAGUUAGACCCUAACCAUAAAACCAAAAUGUUGAGUCAUGCUGCUGCACGCUUUAGAAAUUGGAAGACUUAUCUAACCAAUAAUUGGGUUCUGAAAGGCAUAAAAGAGAGAUCGAAUGAGUUUCCUCCUAGGAAACCAAAAGGGUAUGAGAAAUUGAUACCAGAUGAGGAUUGGAAAAAAUUUGUUGAAUCUAGAAUUUCAGAAGAAUGGCUUGCAUUAAGAAAGAAAAUGCAAGAUGUACGAGCAAUGAAUAAGUAUAACCACAAAGUUGGACGAGGAGGGUAUGUGCGGGCUGAGGCUGAAUUAGAGAAACAACUUGGGCAUCAGUUGAAUGGUUUUGAUAGAGCUGAUUUAUGGUCAAGAGCAAGAACUGACAAUAAAGGAGAGCUUUCAGAAGAUGCAAAAGAGAUUAAACAAAAAAUUGACCAUUAUCGAGAGCUUCAAGAAAAAGGCGAGUGGGAACCACAAGGUUCUGAGGACGUGCUAACAAAGGCAUUGGGUACACCUGAGGAACGAGGACGAGUUCGAGGUGUAGGAUUUGGUGUGACCCCGACACAGUUUUGGAACACCCCAAGACCUAGGUCAAGCAAAGGGAACGAGAAACAAAUCCUUACAUCUGAUGUGGAGCAACGGUUUUGUGAGCAAGAAGAGCGCAUUCGAAAACAAGAAGAACUUGUACGUGAACAACAAGAUCAAAUUCGUAAACAACAAGAACUUUUUCGACAACAACAAGAGGCUUUUCAUCGAGAACAAGAGCUAUUCCGUCGACAACAAGAAGAAUUGAUGAGAAAGAUGUUUCAAGAACAAUAUAGUUGGCGGGGAUCUUGUGGAGCUCCUUCAGGAUCGAACUCCGGAGAACAAUAUCAAGAUGCUCGUGGGCAACUGAUCCAAGGAUGUGUUUAUGUACCACAACCGCCAGCAACCUAUUAUGUACCAGACCCACCAUUAGAACCGCCUCCUAUGACUGGGGUAAUAAAUUUAAAUAUAUAGGAAAAACUUAUUGUGUGUUUGUUGGAUGGUUAGGUUAAUAUUAUAGGGAAAAUAUUGUCUAAUUUUUAAAAAAAAUUUUAUUUGUUCUUAUCGAUAUGUAUGAAUUAUACUUUGUGUGCAGCGCCGUAAAUGUCGAUUAGCAAUACAAUCUAGAGAUAAUAUUGUUGCACUGGGGUUUCAUCUUGAUACUAGACCAAAUGACUUCAAUGUAGACAUGGGUGAAGUUGAUUGCCAUGUGACCAUCCAACACCCUAUUCAAGGAGCAGCUCCAUUGCCUUACCCCAUGGUUGACAUGGAUGUGUGCGUAGUUUCUCAAGCUACUGGGGUUGUCAUAGCAUGGCCCAAACAUCUCGUCAUAUUUCAUGAUUGGACCGAUCAGGUGACACAACUGGUUUAUUUGUCAUCUAACUAUUUAGAAAAACUACUUUUUUUUUUAAAAUUUUUAAUUAAUUAAUAAAUCAAUAUGCAGGAUGCUCUAGUUACCAAAUCAAGACACUCAGCAGCACCAUUAACCCAACAACAACAAGAGCCUACACGUCGUAUUCGUGAACCUCUGUCACAAGAAGUGCAACAACCUGUAAUUAGAGGUCAUCAUUUGAAUGAGGUUUAUAAAAUUGUAUCGACGUGGCCUAACAAUGCGAAUGUGAAAGUAUCCAUUGAAAGACACAUAUUUGAUCUAGAUAUGUCAGGCUUGUACAUAUCGAAGGAAGACAUCUUGGACUUUAUUUUCAACAAAAAGAUUGGGCAAGGUAUCAUCACGUGCUACAUGAGGAUACUAUAUCAAUGGCUCGUACAACAUAAUCGCCAACAAUUGUUUCAAUUUGUUAAUCCGAAUGAAGUAGCCACUCGUUUUACAUCGCUUGAUGCACGUGUCUCUUCUUUGUAUAGACGUAUCAAAAAAAUGUCAAAUAAUCAGCAGUACAUGGUCACUCCUUGGAUUGAUGGUGAGCAUUGGAUGUUGAUAUUAUUAGUGCCCGACUCUUAUUGGUUAUGUUUCAUGGAUCCUAAAAACUCACACUUGAGUAAUCGACCUGAUAUUAGAGAGACUGUCACAUUGGCAUUUCAAACUUACUACAGGGCGAUAAGGAAAGAAAUUCCACCGAAGCUAAAAGUUCGACGCCCAACUAUACGUAUUCUUUUUUUUUUUUUUAAAUUUCAAUUAUAUUUUUAUUAAGAUUUUUAUUAAUUUAAAGAAAAAUCUUUAGUGUCCACAUCAACCGGAAGACACCGAAUGUGGAUAUUAUGUAAUGAAGAUGAUGAAAGAUUUAAUUCAAGCUUCGAACCGGAAACACUUUUUGGCCGAGUUAAGUGAUGCAAAUUAUACAGAAGAAGAAAUUGAUGAAGUGAAAGAGCAUUGGGCAAGUGAGAUGUUAUCGGUUAUUCAAGCUUACCGACGUUAGUUGUUUUUUGUUUUAAUAGACUAAUGGGCAAGUGAUAUGUUAUCGGUUAUUUAGUUGUUUUUUCUUUUAAUAGACCAAUAGUUAUUAUAUAAUUUUAUAGUUAUGGAUUUAUUGGUAUAAUGAACUAAUAUGUAAUAUUUAUUAGUUGUGUUAACGUGAAUUAUUAUAAUAGUCUAAUUUAUAUAAAUUUUACAUUUAGUUAAUUAAAAUUAUUAUUGUUAUAUUUAAUUGUAUUUGUAUAUAAUUAAUAUAAAUUAUUAUUUAUAAUAUAUCAAAUUUGAAUUAAAAUAAAUAAUUAUUAUAUAUUUUUUUA